AAUUUAAACAAAUAUAAUAUACUUUUAUAGAUAUAUAGUAAGCGGAUAUGCACUAGUCAACAAAUAACUGUGCAUCAAGGAUAGUCAUUGGUAUAGCAAGAUGCGCUAUUGGCUGUUGAAUAGGGAGUACAUUUUGUAACCCAAUGAAACGCUUAUUUCGACUAAUUGUAGCAACUACUGCGCGAAUAUCAAUUUACAGAGGGAUUUUUAAAUAAUUUUACUCUUCAAGAAGUCAAAAAAUUAAUUAUGUUAAUUUUGUAGAUUACAGUAGCUAAAUUUUGUUUAAUCUAUAUAAUUACUGUUAUUAAAGAUAGGAUUUCAAAUAUAUAAUUACUGUUACGCUACGUAAUACGCUUCUUCAAAUCGAACCUAACCUACGAAAGGAUAAAACGAACAUAACCUACGGAACACAAGCUGCCUGGUGUUUACCAAUAAUAAAUUUCUGCUUGUCAAUAGAUUUAUCUAAUAAAUUUAUUCAAGUAUCGUGUGUAAAUAAAUACUUCUUAUUUUAGCGUAAAAAAUAAUAUAAUUCCAAACUAUAGUAGUUUAUCCAAAAUGAUAUAAAAAAUGUAUCCAGCAAAUCACAAAACAGUUUUCGUGUUAGAUCAUACACCCUAUUUUGGUAUUUCUACGGAAAGUCCAUUAGAAUUUGAUUGCCUAAAAACUCGGGGUCAAAAUCUUAUACCAUUAGCUCCAAUAUGCAAGUCCCUAUGGACUACAAGCGUGGAAUCUUCAAUGGAGUACUGUCGUAUAGUUUGGGAUUUAUUUCCCACAGGGAAAUUGGUAAGAUUUGUAGUCAGCGACCAUGCUGCUCACAUAUUGAAUACCUGGAGUGCAUCACAGCAAAAUUUAUCACAUAUAAUGAAUGGAAUGGCCAUUAUUGGAGUACCUCCAAGAACUCAUCAGCCUGGAGUUGACUUCUCUGUGAUACAUGGAUUGCGUGUGGCGAUAGAGGCUUUAACAGAGAGUUCAGAAAUCCAACAUGAAAAAAGAACUUCGCUAACAGAAAAUGCUACCAAACUUUUAAAUAGUGGCAGAGUUAUAUGUAUUACUAGUGCCAGAGACGAUAUUAAUAUGAAGAGCUUAGAAAACAUAUUUUUAAAUCAACUAACACAGCAGAACAAAAUAGCCUUAACCUCGGAUCACUUGAUACCAGUGCAUCACUGUCAUCUGGUAAUCCUCAAUAUAUUUCCUAAUAACAUCGAAUCCCAAGUUACCAGUCAAAGUCCCAGAGAGGUAUCGCCAUUACUGACGAUGGAAGUACAUUCCAUGAAGGCUCCCGCCUUACAUUCUAAAUUGUCUCAUUUAAUUCUAUCCCAUUAUGACCUGGCCAGUACGACAGUCACAGGUAUCCCCAUGAAAGAAGAACAAAAUGCCAGUUCAUCUGCAAAUUAUGAUGUGGAGAUAUUUCACUCAUCAGCAGCACAUUCAGCAAUUUUAAAAGGAAAUCCUCAAGACUCGGCAUUGAUAAAAACUUUCAGGAGAUUCGAGGAAGGUUCUGAGUACGAAACUGUGACGUUAAAAUGGUGUACGCCAAGAGGAUGCAGUGCAUGUGAAAUGCAAAACUGCACAGCGAUGCACAGAAUCACACCUGUCGACGUAAACAGUAGACCAUCCUCAUGCCUAAUCAACUUCCUAUUGAACGGUAGAUCUGUUAUGUUAGAAAUGGCCAGAAAAAGUGGUGGGAAAACGAUAUCACAUCUCCUAGCUGCACACGGUGGUGAGAUAUUUAUUCACACGUUAUCCACGGCAAGAAGUGUGCUUGAGGAUCCACCGUCUAUCAGUGAAGGCUGUGGAGGACGCGUUACUGAUUAUCGUAUAACAGAUUUUGGAACUCUCAUGCGAAACAAUGUCUUAGUGCCUUUAAAGAAAAAUUCAAGUGAUGAGGGAGAAGGUCCUGCAGCAAAAAUGAGAUCAAGGCUUGAACGUCAUACUAAAUACUGGCCCAUCACAAUAUCAAAUACUCUAAUGUUUAAUCUAAAACAACUGAUAGAUCCGUUACCAGAGUUAAUGGUUAAAGAUGACUUAACGAAGGAAGAGAUAGUACAGUGCAAACAAAUAAUCUUUGCUCUCCUGCAACUUGAAGCAAAGCACGAGCCCCUACCAUUGCCCAGCAUAGGUGGUGGACGUGGUGGUAAAGGAGGAGUUCGUCGCGAGGAACAUUACCGUCUUCUCUGGGGAGAGUUAGAAACAUUUCUAAAAGGUCACGCAAACAAUUCAGCCGCCCACGUCGAGGUGCUCAAUUGUCUUUUAGAAGUUCGAAACAAGGACGACAAAGAUAAAGUAGAGCUGGACCAAGCAUUACGGGAAUUGGACGGAUUAGGAAAGGAAGACAUAACAGCCCGUGCAAGUGUAAUCCGUGCCACAACAGAUUCUCCCAUGUCACCGCCACCAUGUACCUCUGUGUCCCUUGGCAAACAAUUACACAAGGGUAGUCUAUACACUCCAAAGAGUCUCCUGGACAUCUGGCUACAACGUAGCGCACCCAAGGAAAGGAAACCAGAGUUCCACGGUAGAAUACAGUCGGACGGACCCAAGGCAAAGUUAUACCCAAACCUUAAGGAACCUGGCAGGGAACCGCGAGAACCAAUCCUAGAGGCUUAAUUAAAAAAAGAACAAAAAAAAUAAAAUCCAAUCAUUUCAAUCAAUUGUACAUAAUGCAAGAGAAUACAUACAUUCAAAUAUAACAUUCCUAUCAGCCUGUACAUACACUCUCUACAAGAAGUAAAGUCGGUGCAGCAAUCUA